AUCUUACCCGUCUUUCCUAGGUCCACCAUGGCUCGCACGACCGGCCACUUGCAUCCCUUCGCGCAUCGACUCACGAAGGCACACUCGCACGGACAUUGAUCAUCUGAUCGGUUGCGCCCAGCCCUGUGGCUCUUCGGUCGUUAUCCUCUACUCGUUGCUCAGAACUUUUCAGCUACCCCCCAAUGGCUCCAAUCUCUGCCCAUAAUACGAGCAAUCGUUGUCUCUGGAGUCAGCGUUCACACCGCGUAGAAUCUCCAUCGUGCGUAUCCAUCCGCAGCUCGUCGUCGCCAUGGGCUGCCGCAACCUCGCACAUACAAAUGUACCCAUCGUUGAGUGGGCUCUUCAGAUUGAGGUUGAGUCGAAGAAUUGGAACGGCAUCAAUAUGCACGCGACCUGUCGUGACAUUCGAAUAUGUUACUUGUAAUGGAGCGAUAACGUAUAAUCAUAACACUCCCCCAACUUGACUGCGUAGCUAGACCCAUUGAUUGAUACUCACAUUCUACCCACAACUAGCACAAUGUCAAUCGUAAUUUCAUUAUUUCCGAGAACA